AUGUUUAAUGGCAACCAUUCACGAGAGCUUGAACGUCUUCGUAAGGGUAUGAAAGAUCGUGCUGAGUAUUCUGUUUAUGGGGAGCUUGCAGCAUUCAUUGCUUAUUGGCUAAGCAUAGUGGUCUUCCCAAGUUCUAAGUCAGUAGAUGCCAUCCGUCCUUCGUUGUUUGUAGUAGCAGGUGUCAUGGCUGAGGGAGUCAAAUAUUCUCUUGCUCCUCCCGCUCUAUGCUCGAUUUACAGAGCUUCUCACCAAGAAGGGACCACUGCUACUGCUUCUCCAGUUUUCGCCACUGCAGCUCCUCAACUGGAGAACCACCAGUCUCCUCCUUCUAAAAGGAAACAAGUUGUUGUUGAAGAGUCUGGUGAAGGAGAUUCGAAUGGCGAAAGUUCAACUUCUUCAUCUGGACAUACUAUCUCGAAUGAAAAUGAGACAGAAGGAGAAAAUCAAGACGAUGAUUAUGAGGAGGGGGAAGUCUAUAUUAGCGGUGAAGAUAAUAUAAUUGUGGAAGAUGUUCUUGCCGAUGAAGGACAUAUACUCCCAACCUCCGAAGUUGUUCCUGUAAAGACUUCACCCAUUGCGGGAGAAGAAAAAGACGAACCCCUAGACUAUGGGGAAUAUGGUUAUUCACCAUGCGAUCAUGUUACGAAUACGGAGGCAGAUAACACUUCUCCUAUAGAUUUACCUCCCGUCGUACUAGCAGCUUCAUCGAGAUUCUUGAUGCCUCCACGUGUAGUGGCACGUGAAAUUGCUUUUCUGGUGGAGUCAAUUGAUUUACCAACUCCCACCACUGUUGAUUCAAGUACUGAAGCUAGGGCUCCAUCUUUUGCUGAGAUGGUGGAACCUGACCCUUCUCUUGUUAGAGAGACGCAACUACUCACUGUUUCGGCACCAGCAGAAGGGAACUUACCCCAAAGUGGUACGACAAGUUCUGGCUCUAUUGGGACUUCAUCAAAUGUGCUGUCCUUUGAGAAGGUUUCUGUGUACAAAUUGGGACUGAUCAGAAAUACCAUAUUAGCUAUCGUUGAGAUGUUCAAAGAUCCUGAUUAA